GGUUCGAUAGUUUCAUGCUAUUAGAAAACUCCAGUCAGAUUUAAUCAAUGCUUCUUCACUAUUUUGCACGCCUGUGGGGGAACUUCCGACGCCAAAUAUAUAACCUUCUAGCGAAAAGCAAGGACGUUCUGUACCGUUGCUUACAUUUUUAUAGCCUGUUUGUAAUGACGAGCGCUUGCGGUCUGUAUAAAAUAUUGACGACAGACAAUAACUGAUCGAUCAGUUAGAGGAGUUUAUGGAUCUGAUGGAAAAGCGCUCCUUUUCUGGACAAUACGUAAACAUGCCAUCGUGUGUGCAAUAGCAACGUAGCUGUAGCCCAGAAAGAACAGACCCAUGGCGUCUCGAAAAACGCUUAAGACAGCGGUUGUCAUCUUGCUGUUUUACAAGAUCUUUGGUUCGUGUUCGUCGAGUGAAAAUAAGAUUUCCGCGGAGGAAAAGAAAAGUCGCGAAGAGGCGCAUAAGCUUUCGGCAUACAUCAAUGAUAUUCUUAAGACGUACGACAAGAAAGCGAGGCCGAACGCGGGGGGUGAUGCCGUGCAAGUUAUGGUCGAGGGAAAAGUUGUGGCGUUUGGAGAACUGAAGGAAGCUAGCAUGGAAUACUCCAUGGACAUCUUUUUCCGUCAGUGGUGGUACGAUCCACGAUUCGCUCACAACUUCAGCAAACCCUUCACCAUGGCCGCGGACGCGACCAAGAUUUUUUGGACACCGGACACUUACUUUGUCAAUGUAAAGAACUCCAAAUAUCACCACGUGACGCGGGAGAACAUGCGUGUGAUGAUAGACCCCGAUGGCAGAAUCUACUUCAGCACCAGGAUCACCCUAACUCUACAGUGCGACAUGGAUUUCAGGCUUUUUCCUAUGGACACGCAGCAUUGCCCUGUCGUCAUCGAGAGCUACGCAUACACCGUGGCAGAUGUGGACUUCAGCUGGAAAAUCAAAGAGAAGACGCAAGGAAUCGAGAUCGUAUCCCAAGAGAUGGCACAGUUUGAUCUUUUGGGCGUGGUGACGAGCUCUAAGGAUACAGGCGACAGUAAAACCACUUUUGCGAGCCUUAAGGCUGUGUUCUCGUUUAAGCGCCGUAUUGAGUUCUUCAUCUUUUCGGCGUUCACGCCCGCCAUCAUACUGGUCAUUCUGUCGUGGUGCUGUUUCUGGAUUUCCAGCCAAGCUGUACCUGCCCGAGUCUCACUAGGUAUCACGACCAUUCUCACCACCAUUCUCCUGUCCAGCUCAGUAAACUCAAACAUGCCCCGGGUGAGCUACAUCAAGUCCAUUGACUACUUCUUGCUUACCAACUUCGGCUUCAUCUUCUUUUCGUUUCUUGAGUACGUGAUCGUACUUAACACAAACCCUGAACCGAAGUGGAUCAAGAUCUUCAAAGAGCGCGUCAAAGCCGCCAGGGAGGCAGAUGUAACGAGGGAUUCUAACGGACGAGAGACCCCGAUGCAAAUGACACCAAUUAAAAAGUGCGGACCGGUAGUAGGUUCAGAGAGCCACGUACACGUACAAGCCUUUGACAAAUCUGGACGCGGCCGGGAUGUGGCCACCGUCGUUAUUCCCAAGGAACCCACGAGCCAAGACCCCUCCGUUGUCGUGGUAACCACACAUGCUAAUGAGCCCCCGACGGUGACGCGGCGUAGAAAGUCUGAUUUCCCGCGAAACAGGGAGCCCGCCAAGAAGUCUGAGCCUGCGCCCAAGCCUAAAGUACACUGGGUGGACUAUGUUUCCCGCGCGCUUUUCCCGGCAGCGUACGUCAUGUUCCUAGGGUUCUAUUGGAUAUCUAGCCUAGCUGCGUCAGAAUUACAAGCCGCGAGGAUGGGACAACCAUGAAGGGGGAACGGGUUAAUCAUGUUGGCUCAGAUAACGACAAACUUUUAUAUGGGAAUGAAUGUAACAAAAAAAAACUAUCCUAUACAUCGAGGAUACAAGGGUUUACUUUACUGACUGUGGUCACAAGCUGAAAUUAUUUCGAACGAGUUAUCCAGUGAAGUUAUCUUUCUUCAAAAAUCAGAGGAACAGGCAUAGGGCAGAGCAAUACUGAGCUUUGAACCUGGACGACGACGACUAAGGGCCAAUGAGCUGUUUAGCUUUUGGUAUUUCUCUGCGUGCAACAUAGCCUGUUUUCUGGUGCAUAUCCAUGUUCAUCUUUAUGCACUGAGGAGAUCUAACCAUGGACGACAACCACAUGGCAUUUGUAUCUUGACCCUUUGUGCAAUGUUGCGUUCAUAGUGGCCAAGUAGACUGGGCCUGCAAAAAUGAUUUGAGGCAUGUACAUCGAAGUUACAAGUGCAGGGAUUCAUCGCAAGUAGAAGUAAAGGAUUAAAACAGCGCUUUCGCUGUAAUCCAAUGCAACCAUCAAUACGCGUGUGAUUACAGACUCGCAGUUACAAUACAUUCAAAUACACGCGGUAACACAUUUAAGCUACUCUUAUACGUGUAGUUCUCACGCGUGUCUCCAUACACAUGCGGAGUUAAAGUACACUCAAAUACACGCGGUUACAAUCUUAAUCGAAGCUGAUCACACGCCCAUGCGUGUAGCUCUCGCGUGUCUCUCGCGUGUCUGUCACACGUGGAGUUACAGUACACACGCAAAAUACACUACAUGUCAAAUCCAAACCAAUCAUACGCCAAUAGUUCGUGUAUUUCCCGCAAGUCUUCCAAAACGCGGAGUUGACAGUAGCAUAUUCAAAAUACUGUCUGUAAUACCUCUUCCUCCAAAGCAAUUCGCAUGCUGUCGAAGAUUUUCUUACGCAUGCGUAGUUGGGUUUCCUGGUCGUCUACUAGCAAAAACGUUUGAUUAUUACGAUAACUGGGCCGGACUAUUAUAACAAAACUCAUUUAGGUUGUCCUAGGCAUAGUUUAGACGCUUUUAUUCAUGUACCGCUCCAAAUGCCAAAGAACGAAGUCGAUUGUGACAUUUGCGUGCAUUUGGGUUAUUGGGAACAUGAAAGGAACGGCGUCUAAACUAGGAAUUGGAUGUUUCUACUCUUUAGAAGUAGUUUAUGACUUAUAAUGUAGGCGAGUUGAAAACCGAUUAAACAGAUUUUAGAAUUGU